AUGUUCAUCAGAACUUUCGGCAAUCGACUGGGCACAGCGCCUCCCAAUGAUCCCGGAUCCAAAGUUGGCCGAGUAUUGGAUGUCGGCACAGGAACAGGAAUUUGGGCGAUGGAGUUCGGAGAUGAACACCCUGAAGCUGAGGUCCUCGGCAUUGAUUUGUCUCCUGCCCAACCAGAGUUUGUACCUCCGAAUGUCCGCUUUGAGAUCGACGAUUUAGAGGAGCGCUGGACGUAUUCUCGGCCUUUUGACUACAUCCAUAGCCGUGUACUCGACUCUUGCAUCAAUGAUUGGAAAGCAUACUUCCAACAAAGUUUCGAUCAUCUGAACCCAGGCGGUUAUCUCGAAAUCCAGGAAAUCGACGCCGAGCCCCGAUCUGACGACGACACCUUAAAAGACGAUUCAUCCCUGAUGAAGAGUCUGCGGCUACUGAAGGAGGCGGCAGAAUUCUUCCAGCGCCCCUUCAAAGAUAUUAAGUCACUGGCUGAUAUCAUGGCCGAGGUCGGCUUUGAGGAUAUCCACUUGGAACGAUAUAAGUGGCCCUCGAAUUCAUGGCCAAAGGACAGGAAUUACAAAGAUCUCGGCAUGUGGACCUAUGAGAAUCUGGCUAUGAAUUGGGAGGCAUUUCUUAUGGCACCUUUGACUCGGGCUCUGAGUUGGACAAAAGAAGAGGUGAUGGUACUUGCUAUGGAAGCACGGAGAGAUCUUGGUGACAAAAGUAUCCAUGCCUACUUCACAGUUUGGGCAAUCCAUGGUCGAAAGCCAAUGAAGGCCAAGUGGACUGAAGAAGCAACCACUGGUUGA